UCAAGCUCUCCGCCACUCUUGCCCCCGCCGCCGACAACCGCCACACCGCCAACACUUCCUCCACCAGUUCCAGCGCCAGAAACGUCGCCGCCGGCAUUGCCUCCAGCUCCAACAAAGCAAGCACCUGCACCAGCACCUCUGCUUCGGCCGGUGUUGGCGCCGGCUCUGGCGCCAAAGGGAGGAAAAAAGCAUAAGAAGAAAAGGCAUAGGAAGAAGAAGGCACCGGCACCGGCGCCGGCGGCACCGCCGCAAUCUUCUUUGUCGGACGAGGAUAUCACGGCGCCAGCGCCGCAACCAGAUCACAAUGGAAGUAUAGCUGUACAAGGAAGAUGCGCAAGAACAAUGAUGCCCAUUGUUGUGCUCUUUGCAGUUGUCAGUUGAAGUGUAUUAUUUCUGCAAUUUUUUUCUUAUUUCAUUUAUAUUGAAAAAUUAUUUCAUUAUAUUGUUAUUUAAAAAAAUGUUCAAUUUUUAUAGUUA